AUGACCCCUGCUGUGUGCCCCGAAGACGCCAAGCUCAUCCGUGAGUCCAUGCAAAAAGUCAUGGUCGGAACUGGCGAAGAGAACCUCCAACAUGGACGCGAUUUCUACAAAUACUUCUUCACCAACUUCCCCGAUCUCCGCGUCUAUUUCAAGGGAGCCGAAAAGUACACCGCUGAAGACGUCCAAAAGAGUGAGCGAUUCGAGAAGCAGGGCCAGCGUAUCCUGCUCGCCGUCCACAUCCUCGCAAACACUUAUGAGAACAUUGAAGUGUUCAAGGGCUACAUCCGCGAAACCAUCAACCGUCACCGCCAAUACAAGAUGGACCCGGCUUUAUGGAUUGCCUUCUUCACCGUCUGGACUGGAUACCUGAAGAGCAAGAUGUCGCUUGAUGAGAAGACCGAGAAGGCCUGGUUCAAGAUGGGCGACAUUUUCAACGCGGAAGCCCAGCGUCACCUGAAGGCGUCCGGAUUGCCAUCUACCGAAGGACAAGCCGCC